UUCUACCGGGCUGCUGGCCUCUGGGGGCUGCGGCUGGGUCUCGGCGGCCUUCACCGCCGCAGGCGCUCCGGCAACGCCGGUAUCCGACGCCCCCGCCCCAGGAGCGCGGGUCCGGGCGGCGUUCCCCUCUGCGAGAGGCGCGGCGAGCCAACCCUCACUUUCAAAGCUGUACGCGUCCUCGAAGCGAGGGGUCUAUCGUGGGGGGCAAAACGCGCUAGCCCCAGACGACCGGUUCGUGAAAUCACCCUUCCGAGCGACCCGGAGCGGGCGACCCUGCCGAACCCGCGGCUCCGGGCCCUUGCGGUGCUGCGUAGAAGACCCAGGUCCCGCGGGGGGCGGCGGUGACUCUCCCCCUCCUGCGGCCGCGCUUCCGCCCCCGGCACCCGCACGCCGCUGGACCGCCCGGCGUCGCGCUGCCGCCUCACAAAGCCUGGGCGGCCGCCUCAUCGCGCGCAGGGAUCCGGGCCACGCGCCCUCCCCUCCCCCACUGGCCGCCGCUACCCUGGGCGCCCAGGUCUUUGCCCCCGCGUCACUUUCUCCUCAUCGAGUCCCCGGAGACAGACAGCGGAGCGAGGCUCGCCUUCCCGGGCGGGACGCGAGCUCAAGUCCUCCCUUGGCGCUAAGGCCCUCGCCACGCACGGAGGGACUACUUUCCGUCUCCUGUGAGGUACUACUUCCUCCCCCGCGGAGGCGUCGUACCAGGCGGCGCGCACGGCAUGGCGGCGGCAGCGGCGGCGCGCGCCUGAGGAGAGGGGACGCCAGCCCGGUCAGGCCUCGGCGCGGCCUACACGCUCCGCUCGCUCGCUCGCUCCCGCCUCCCGCCCCGUGUCCGGCCAUGGCGGAGCCCUCGUCCGCCCGACGCCCAGUGCCUCUUAUCGAGUCGGAGCUGUACUUCCUCAUCGCCCGGUACUUAUCGGCGGGCCCAUGUCGGAGAGCCGCCCAGGUGCUGGUGCAGGAGCUGGAGCAGUACCAGUUGUUGCCGAAGAGGUUGGACUGGGAGGGCAACGAGCACAACAGGAGCUACGAGGAGUUGGUCUUGUCCAAUAAGCAUGUGGCUCCUGAUCAUCUGUUGCAAAUCUGCCAACGCAUCGGUCCUAUGUUGGAUAAAGAAAUUCCGCCCAGUAUUUCAAGAGUCACUUCUUUACUUGGUGCAGGAAGGCAGUCUUUGCUACGUACAGCAAAAGACUGCAGGCACACAGUUUGGAAGGGCUCUGCCUUUGCUGCUCUUCAUAGAGGAAGACCUCCUGAAAUGCCAGUGAAUUAUGGUUCCCCACCAAAUCUUGUGGAGAUACAUCGAGGAAAACAACUCACAGGGUGUUCCACUUUUAGUACAGCAUUUCCAGGAACUAUGUAUCAGCAUAUAAAAAUGCACAGAAGGAUUCUCGGACAUCUGUCUGCUGUUUACUGUGUAGCAUUUGAUAGGACAGGACAUAGAAUCUUUACAGGUUCAGAUGAUUGUUUGGUAAAGAUUUGGUCAACACAUAAUGGCCGCUUGUUAUCUACAUUAAGAGGUCAUUCUGCAGAAAUUUCAGAUAUGGCAGUAAACUAUGAGAAUACAAUGAUUGCCGCGGGGAGCUGUGAUAAAAUUAUUAGAGUGUGGUGCUUGAGAACUUGUGCCCCGGUUGCUGUGCUGCAAGGACAUACAGGAUCAAUUACAUCUUUACAGUUUAGCCCAAUGGCCAAAGGCUCUCAAAGAUACAUGGUUUCCACUGGUGCUGAUGGGACAGUUUGCUUUUGGCAAUGGGAUUUAGAAUCCUUGAAAUUUAGCCCACGUCCCCUGAAGUUCACUGAAAAGCCUAGGCCAGGCGUUCAAAUGCUUUGUUCUUCUUUUAGUGUUGGUGGUAUGUUUUUAGCCACAGGUAGUACUGAUCAUGUAAUCAGAAUGUAUUUUUUGGGUUUUGAAGCACCCGAAAAAAUCGCAGAACUUGAAAGCCACACUGAUAAAGUAGAUAGUAUCCAAUUUUGUAACAAUGGUGAUCGGUUCCUAAGUGGUAGCAGAGACGGAACAGCACGAAUUUGGAGAUUUGAGCAGUUAGAAUGGAGGAGCAUUUUAUUGGAUAUGGCUACUAGAAUCUCAGGGGAUUUAUCUUCGGAAGAGGAAAGGUUUAUGAAACCUAAAGUAACAAUGAUAGCUUGGAAUCAGAAUGAUAGCAUUGUUGUCACAGCUGUGAAUGAUCAUAUCCUCAAAGUGUGGAAUUCUUACACUGGACAACUGCUUCAUAACUUACUGGGACAUGCUGAUGAAGUAUUUGUUCUGGAGACGCAUCCCUUUGAUUCCAGAAUUAUGUUAUCUGCAGGACACGAUGGCAGCAUAUUUAUAUGGGAUAUUACAAAAGGUACCAAGAUGAAACAUUAUUUUAAUAUGAUUGAAGGACAGGGACAUGGAGCUGUGUUUGACUGUAAGUUUUCACAGGAUGGACAGCAUUUUGCCUGUACAGAUUCUCAUGGGCAUCUUCUGAUAUUUGGUUUUGGAUGCAGCAAACCAUAUGAAAAGAUUCCUGAUCAGAUGUUCUUCCAUACUGACUAUCGACCACUUAUUAGAGAUUCUAAUAAUUAUGUCUUAGAUGAGCAAACUCAGCAGGCUCCUCAUCUUAUGCCUCCACCAUUCUUGGUAGAUGUAGAUGGAAAUCCUCAUCCAACCAAGUAUCAGAGAUUAGUACCAGGCCGAGAAAAUUCCGCAGAUGAACAUUUGAUUCCACAGCUGGGCUAUGUGGCAACAAGUGAUGGAGAGGUAAUUGAACAAAUUAUAAGCCUGCAAACCAAUGAUAAUGAUGAACGCAGCCCAGAAUCGAGUAUUCUUGAUGGAAUGAUAAGACAGUUGCAGCAGCAGCAAGAUCAGAGAAUGGGAGCCGAUCAGGAUACUACAAGAGGACUUUCAAAUGGUGAAGAAACACCCCGGAGAGGUUUUAGAAGACUGAGCUUAGACAUUCAGUCCCCUCCAAACAUUGGUCUGCGCCGUAGUGGACAAGUUGAAGGUGUUCGUCAGAUGCAUCAAAAUGCUCCACGCAGUCAGAUUGCUACAGAACGUGACCUGCAGGCUUGGAAACGAAGAGUGGUUGUACCAGAGGUACCACUGGGCAUAUUUAGGAAACUGGAAGACUUCCGAUUAGAGAAAGGUGAAGAGGAAAGAAAUCUUUACAUAAUAGGAAGAAAAAGGAAGACUCUACAGCUCUCACAUAAGUCGGCUUCAGUGGUUUCGGCGUCACAGUCUAGACAAAGGACAUGUAGGCGUAAAUAUCCAAAUUAUGGUAGAAGAAAUCGUAGCUGGCGCGAGUUAUCUUCUGGAAAUGAGUCUUCAAGCUCCGUAAGACAUGAGACUUCCUGUGAUCAAAGUGAAGGUUCUGGUUCUUCGGAAGAGGAUGAAUGGAGAAGUGAUAGAAAAAGUGAAAGUUACAGCGAAAGUUCAAGUGACUCUUCAUCUAGAUACUCCGAUUGGACAGCUGAUGCGGGCAUCAAUUUGCAGCCUCCGUUAAGAACAUCAUGUCGUCGACGAGUUACUCGAUUUUGUAGUAGUUCAGAAGAUGAAAUAUCUACUGAGAAUUUAUCUCCUCCAAAAAGAAGACGAAAGAGAAAGAAAGAAAAUAAGCCCAAGAAAGAGAAUUUGCGGAGAAUGACUUCAGGAGAGCUUGGAAAUAUGGAGCAUUUAUAUGAAUUUCAUCCUCCAGUUUGGAUUACUGACACCACACUUAGAAAAUCUCCUUUUGUUCCUCAAAUGGGUGAUGAGGUAAUAUAUUUUCGACAGGGUCAUGAAGCUUAUAUUGAGGCUGUGAGAAGAAAUAAUAUUUAUGAACUGAACCCUAAUAAGGAGCCAUGGAGAAAAAUGGAUCUUAGGGAUCAAGAAUUGGUUAAAAUAGUUGGAAUACGAUAUGAAGUUGGGCCCCCUACACUCUGUUGCCUCAAACUAGCAUUUAUAGAUCCAGCAACUGGAAAACUUAUGGACAAAUCUUUCUCUAUUAGAUAUCAUGAUAUGCCAGAUGUUAUUGACUUUCUUGUAUUGCGUCAGUUUUAUGAUGAAGCAAGACAGAGGAAUUGGCAGUCUUGUGACAGAUUCCGCUCUAUUAUUGAUGAUGCUUGGUGGUUUGGAACAGUGUUAAGUCAAGAGCCAUAUCAACCACAGUAUCCUGAUAGUCAUUUCCAGUGUUAUGUUGUUAGGUGGGAUAAUACUGAAAUUGAAAAACUUAGCCCAUGGGACAUGGAACCAAUUCCUGAUAAUGUUGAUCCACCUGAAGAAUUAGGAGCUAGUAUUUCUGUCACAUCAGAUGAGCUAGAGAAAUUGCUGUAUAAACCACAAGCUGGUGAAUGGGGUCAGAAAUCAAGAGAUGAAGAAUGUGAUAGAAUUAUCGGUGGUAUAGAUCAACUUUUGAAUCUUGAUAUAGCAGCAGCUUUUGCAGGCCCUGUUGAUCUGUGUACAUACCCGAAGUACUGUACUGUAGUAGCUUAUCCAACUGAUCUUUACACAAUUCGAAUGAGACUUGUUAAUCGAUUUUACAGGAGGCUGUCUGCGUUAGUUUGGGAAGUCAGAUAUAUAGAACAUAAUGCCAGAACAUUUAACGAACCUGAGAGUGUAAUUGCAAGAUCAGCUAAAAAGAUAACUGACCAACUUUUAAAAUUUAUCAAGAAUCAACACUGUACAAAUAUCUCAGAACUUUCUAACACAUCUGAAAAUGAUGAGCAAAAUGCUGAGGAUUUGGAUGAUAGUGAUCUUCCUAAAACAUCUUCUGGAAGAAGGAGAGUCCAUGAUGGGAAAAAAAGCAUCAGAGCUACCAACUAUGUUGAAAGCAACUGGAAGAAACAGUGUAAGGAACUAGUGAACUUAAUUUUUCAGUGUGAAGAUUCUGAACCAUUUAGACAACCUGUUGAUUUGGUUGAAUAUCCAGACUACAGAGAUAUUAUAGAUACCCCAAUGGAUUUCGGAACAGUAAGGGAAACUCUGGAUGCGGGAAAUUAUGACAGCCCUUUGGAGUUUUGCAAAGACAUCCGGUUAAUAUUUAGCAAUGCAAAAGCAUAUACACCAAACAAAAGAUCAAAGAUUUAUAGUAUGACCUUGAGAUUAUCUGCCUUAUUUGAAGAAAAAAUGAAGAAAAUCUCUUCAGAUUUUAAAAUGGGUCAAAAAUUCAAUGAAAAACUUCGAAGAAGCCAGAGGUUCAAACAACGGCAAAAUUGUAAAGGUGACAGUCAGCCUAACAAAAGCAUCAGAAACCUCAAGCAGAAGAGGUUAAAAUCUCAGACAAAAAUAAUUCCUGAGUUGGUAGGUUCUCCUACCCAGUCUACCUCAAGUAGGACAGCUUAUCUUGGAACCCACAAGACAAGUGCUGGUAUUUCUUCAGGUGUUACUUCUGGUGACUCUUCAGAUUCAGCAGAAUCAUCAGAAAGAAGGAGAAGAAAUAGACCUGUAACAAAUGGUUCUACGUUAUCUGAAAGUGAAAUGGAAGAUUCUUUAGCUACCUCUUUGUCAUCGUCAGCUUCCAGUAGUUCUGAGGAAAGCAAAGAGAGUUCAAGAGCUCGUGAAUCCUCCUCACGUAGUGGGCUAUCUAGAAGCAGCAAUCUCAGGGUAACCAGAACUAGAGCUGCUCAAAGAAAAACUGGUCCUGUUUCAUUAGAAAAUGGAUGUGGCAGAAAAGCCAUUCGAAAGAGAGUCUAUUUAAGUGAUUCUGAUAACAAUUCAUUGGAGACUGGUAAAAUUCUAAAAGCCAGAGCUGGAAAUAACCGAAAAGUCUUACGGAAGUGUGCUGCUGUGGCUGCCAAUAAGAUAAAGCUAAUGAGUGAUGUAGAAGAGAAUUCUAGCUCUGAAAGUGUCUGUUCUGGUCGGAAGCUGCCUCACCGCAAUGCUUCUGCUGUAGCUAGAAGAAAGUUACUACAUAAUUCUGAAGAUGAACAGAGCUUAAAGUCCGAAAUUGAAGAAGAGGAGCUAAAAGAUGAAAAUCAACCAUUACCAGUGUUCAAUUCUCACACUGUCCAGAGUAACGUUGAAUCUGAAAACAGAGAUUCAGAGUCAGAAAGUGAUUUGCGGGUAGCCCGGAAAAAUUGGCAUGCUAAUGGUUACAAGUCCCAUACUCUAGCACCCUCAAAAACGAAAUUUCUUAAAAUAGAGUCUUCUGAGGAAGACUCUAAAAGUCAUGAUUCAGAUCAUGCAUGUAACAGAACUGCUGGCCCAUCAACGUCUGUGCAGAAACUUAAGGCAGAGAGCAUCUCAGAGGAAGCAGAUUCUGAACCAGGAAGAUCUGGUGGUAGGAAAUACAAUACAUUUCACAAGAAUGCGAGUUUCUUUAAAAAAGCAAAGAUUUUGAGUGAUUCAGAAGAUUCUGAAUCUGAGGAGCAAGAUAGAGAAGAUGGAAAAUGUCAUAAAAUGGAAAUGAACCCAAUUUCAGGAAAUCUGAACUGUGAUCCUAUUGCUCUGUCCCAGUGUUCCUCAGAUCAUGGAACUGAAACUGAUUUAGAUUCAGAUGAUGACAAAAAAGAAAAACCAAAUAAUUUUAUGAAAGAUUCUACAUCACAAGACAGUGGACAAAGCAGAAAAAUUUCCAGGAAAAGGGUCUGUUCCAGUGACUCAGACAGUAGUUUACAGGUGGCUAAGAAAUCAUCAAAAGCCAGAACAGGUCUCCUAAGGAUUACUCGAAGAUGUGCAGCUACGGCUGCCAAUAAGAUUAAGCUCAUGAGUGAUGUAGAAGAUGUCAGUUUAGAAAAUGUGCAAACUAGAAGCAAAAAUGGAAGGAAAAAACCUGUCCAUCUUGCUUGUACUACAGCUAAGAAGAAAUUGAGUGAUUGUGAAGGAAGUGUACAUUAUGAAGUGCCAAGUGAACAGUAUGCCUGUGAAGGCAAGCCACCUGAUCCUGACUCCGAAGGUAGUACAAAAGUGCUUAGUCAGGCUCUAAAUGGAGACUCAGACUCUGAAGAUACAUUGAAUUCAGAACAGAAGCACAGGCAUACCAAUAUUCACAAAAUAGAUGCACCUUCUAAAAGAAAAUGUUCCUCUGUAGCAUCUUCAGGAGAAGAUUCAAAAAGUCAUAUUCCAGGGAGUGAGACUGAUAGGACAUUUUCUUCAGAGUCAACUUUGGCACAAAAAGCUACUGCAGAGAAUAAUUUUGAAGUGGAACUGAAUUAUGGGCUGCGCAGGUGGAAUGGCAGAAGACUUAGGACCUAUGGAAAGGCUCCUUUCAGUAAGACAAAAGUGAUUCAUGAUUCACAGGAAGCAGCAGAGAAGGAAGUAAAAAGGAAAAGAUCGCAUCCUGAAUUGGAAAAUGUGAAACUCUCUGAAACAACUGGGAAUUCAAAGUGUAGACCUGAUACUAGUUCCAAAUCAUCAGAUUUGGGAUCUGUAACUGAAUCAGAUAUUGACUGUACCAAUAAUACAAAAACCAAAAGGAGGAAAAUGAAAGGAAAAGCAAAAGUAGUUAGAAAAGGUAAAACUUUUACAGCUAACAUAUCUAAAACUGUGAGACGUCAGAGACAAAGCAAACGCCCUAGGUUAAGUGUGGAUGAUAAUGACUGGGAGGAUUUGGACUAUGCAAAAUCUAAAAGAGUUCUUCGACGUUCAAAAAUAAAAACGAGAAAUCAGGGUAGAAGGACUGUGAGAUACCAUGAUGGGGAUGAUGAUAGAAGCUUAGAAAAUGUGUUAGAUUUCAAUGGUUGCACCUUAUGACCUUGAGGGAAAGCCAGUUCAUUUAAGAGGAAAUGGACUGGAAUUUAUGGUGAAAGCUGGCUGUUAAAAUUAUUUUUUUGUCUUACGAUUCAGGGAAUAUAUUUAUAUUUUUCUAUGAAAAGUUAUGAAUGUGACUAAAUCAUGACUGUUAUUUUUAUUUGCACUUGCUGGUCUUUGUAGCAGCAUUCAGCACAGGUGCCAAAAUAUGCUUCAUUUUGGGGGCAGAUCUAUUUUGACAGUAUUUGACUACAUAUAGCAAGAGUUUGAAAUAUGUUAAACACUAGACAUCCUGGUUAUCAAAACCAAUGAGCAUUACUUUCAUGGCAGCAAGUGUCAUGCAGUUAUUUUCUGAAUUUGUCAAAGAGGCAGUAGUUUCUAACCCCUGUUCUUAGUAGUUAUAACAAAUUUCACAAUAUGUUUACAGAUUCUUCAUAAAUACAUGCAUACUGACACUAUAAUCAUGGGAGGUGUAACCAUGAUUAGUAGGCAAGGUACCUACCACUUUUUUUUUCUUUCCCUGGCUACUUGAGUAGAAUGCAUUAUACCAGAUCUGGUCAUUUUCAUUGAAAUGGUUUCUAAUUUUCUUUCCAAGUGCUGUUGGGUUUUUUUCUUUUUAAGGAAAACGUGAUCACUUUUAUGUUAUAAACUUGAAUUUAUAAAGUGCUAGUAAAUUAUUUUUAAUGAUUUGAGUGCAUGUUUUAAACCUCUAAGAUCAGAGCAUAGUCAUAGCAUUUUCUUUUAAAUUGUGCACUAACAAAAUGGUAUAUAAUUUGUCUUCUGUCCAAGAUCUCCUGGUUUCCAUUGUAAGGGAUUUAACCAAAAUCUUGCUCUUCCAUAAUCUUACUCUGUGAAAUAGAGGAAUUUGUGUGCCUUAGAUUUAGAAGUGUGUUCUUUAAUAGAGUGUACAGGGCUAAAAGAAUAUUAAUAUGUAGGUUUCCCCCAUCUGUAUUGCAUUGUAGAGUUGAGUUUUGUUAAAGAGUACAAUUGCAAAUCUUACCUAUAUAGGAAAAUAGUUAAAUGUCAUUUUGCAUCUCUUUGUUUUAGUUUACUGCUUCCAUGUGCAAUCCUAAGCAUUCUUUGCUGGGGCAACUAAGUAUGUCUUUAUUAGUGACUUCUAGUCCAAAUGUAAGAAAUGUUUCGUGGGAAAAUAAUUUUAUAAUCCAUUUAAAGUGAAACUUUAUCACACAAAUAGUACACUUAUUUUCUAACCAAAUACUUGAUAGGUUAUGCUACUCCAGUGUAGGUGGCCACUCCUAACUUGUCUGUGCCUGAAGAUGGACUUGAUUCAAAUGGUUUACAUAUUUAGUGGGUAAGGGAUAUGUUACAGUACCCCACCUGUAAGUUAUUUAUUAGCCCUAGUUGUGUUUAGUUUCAGACAAAAUUAACCCUUUUCUCCUGUGUAUCUUUGAAAUGGCAGGUAAGGUGAAGCAUCAGACUGGUAUCAAUGUUAGACAGUGUUAUUUAUUAGCCCUAAUUGUGUUUGGUUUCAGACAAAAUUAACCUUUUCUCCUGUGUAUCUUUGAAGUGGCAGAUAAGACGAAGCAUCAGACUGGUAUUAAUGUUAGAGAAUGUUCUGAAGUGUUCCUAUUUGUAGUUAUCUAUUCCACUUAACAUAGUAGGAGGUACAUUUUCUUUCUACUCUGAUGCAUGGAGAAGGAUGUAUUUGGAUAUUAUCAACUGAGAUAGGUGGGAAACCUACCUCUCAUUUGUGGCUUAGAGAGCUAUCACCAUUUCAGAACUAUGAUGCUUUUCUUCUCAGAGCUUGUGUUAAGUAUAUAGUAAACAGAUUGAUUCAUGGUAAUUAUCCUUGACUAAGACUGAAAGGACUAAUGGGAUGCCUUUUACUUCCCUAAUUUUAAGAGCUGGCGAUAGAUGUCAAAUCCAUUAAUUUAUUUAAACUCUUCUUAACCUUCUCUGUUUUAUAAUCUGUUCUCAGGUUUAUAACUCCAUGUUUACCAUCAUUUGCAAAAAGGUACCAAAAAAAUCCAUAAAUAAAUAUGGAAUACAUUAAUAAGUACAUACAUUCUUUUGGUAAAACGAUAUUUUGACAGUUUAGGUUUCAUUAAUAGAACUGUUCUCAUUCUUUGGACUGCAUUAAUUAUUGGUCAUUGACUGGUCAUCCAAUUACUGUUUUUUCUUUCAGUCCAAAAUAGUUAGACCCUUGCAUACAGAACUGGUAUUUUGGUUUUUAAUCAGAUUUGGUUUCAUCAGAAGCAAGAAUGAACCUGAUGUCUUUAAAAGCAUAGCUGACAAUGGUAGCUUCUCAAGUUAUGAAAUAAAACUAAAAGAUAAUGGAGAAAAUAAUUUUUAUGGGUUUUUUUGGUUAUGGUGCUAUUCCUAAGGUUAACUUUGAAUAUGUGACACACACACUCCUAAGUACCUUUAAGGAAAAUAAAUCAUCAAUAGUUAAAAAUGUUUACAUUGAGCACUAGAACAUGUUUGGCUUUUUUUCUACGUUAUGCAAAAUGCCCAGGGAUUUAAUGCACAGGUGUACUUUAUUAUUUAGGGUCAGUUUGUAGUAUUCUUGAGAAAAAGAUAAAGGGUUAUAAUUUGACUGUGAACUGAUCCAGAAAUAAGUGCUGUACUUUUCCACUGCACUUGAAGUUCAACUAAUGGUGUAUGCGAAAAACAAAAACAAAAACUACUUUGGUUGUGUAUGUCCAAAGUCCUAUGGUUUUAUUCAUUUAUGGUUUUAAAGGCUUUGAGGUACUCAGAUUUGAUUUUUGCUUUCUUGGAAAGACUCACUUUACCAAGCAUAUAAAGGAAAAAUGAUUUCAAACAUUCACAAGAUAGAUGAGUGUUAACAAAGCUUUCUUUUUUUGUGUCCUCCUUAUUUAAAAUGGUAUACUUAACAAUGUGAAGUAACUUACGAAUAAAAGGAAAAGUUUAUCCCAUAUUCAAGUAAUUCCUAAGGUCGGCCUCCCUUUUUGUAAGUGGCAAAUAUCUGAUUAAAUCAUUUCUCAGUUUAUUAAUCCUUGGAAAGAAUGAUAUAGCAGUUACUCACAGCUUGUAAAUUGAAAGGUUCCUUUCAAAUAGUAGAGUUGCACCUAAAGAGGAAAUUGGGUUUAUAAGAAAAUGAAGGCAAAGAACUUAAGAUUUAAGAAAAAGCACUUCAAAACAGAAGGGCAAAUGGAAAAGGAGGAUAUAAAAUAAACCAAUAAAAAUACCAUCUGAGGGUGUUACUGUCCAAAAGUAAAGAAUAAGAUGCAUCACUAAGCCCUUUGCACUCAUUAUGACCUCGUAAGUAAAAAAUAUUAGAAUAAUAAGAGGUGCAUACUACAUUCCUUCUGUCUUCUAGAGUUUUGUUUUUGUAGAAGAAUCAGAAAACAAUUUACUAACCUCCCUGUUUGAUAUUAAAAACUAAAUAGGAAGAAUUUUAGUAUUUUCUGUCAGUACAAGUUGAACUUGAUUGUGCCAACUGAAACCCCAGAAGUUUGUGUAUCAGUAGAAUGCAAGAACAUCGUUAAAGGUGCUUACAAUCUUUUUUGUUUUCCUUUCCACUCCAUUGUAUCAAUUUUUUGAGUAACUUUUAAAUGGCUAGAAAAUGGUCUUUUUGCUUUGCCCUUUUAUAGCUGAAAUAACCAGCUCCAUUCUUUUUCAUGAAUAGUAAGUUGAUAUAUUUAUCAGGUAUCUUGCAGUUGUCACCAAAUACUGUAGUUUUCUGAUGUUGUAUGGAAAUAAUAGUUCAAUUAUUCUAAUGUGAUGGAGUGCAACAAGUCAUUGUAGAACUUUUCACCUGUUAAUGUUGAAGUUAUACCUCUGAACUUCUGCCAUGGAUAUCAAGGAAAUAAUAAAGCAGAAACCCUAAGAAAUUUGCAACUUAACAGUUUGAGACUGUCUAUUAUCCUAGUAUUUGGGAAGAGAAGGAAUGAAUUUGUCAAAACUAGGUGACAAAAUAGAGCAUUGUAGGAAAAAUUGAUUCCAACUAGAUUAGCAAAUGUUAAUCCCUAGCUCAAAUUGUGAAUACUAAGGAUUCAUAAGUAAACUAUGUAAUACUAA